CUUGCUGCGAGUACCUGCACUUGUCGGAUUUGCGGCUGCCGGGCAGCCGUGAGAAUGAGCGCGCCCAGGAAUCAAGAGGCUUUGUGCAUGAUCUCCGGUAAAGGCCUUCGUGGCGGAACCGGGAUGAGUGAACCCGGAUGGUUAUCAAACUAGGUACACCGCAAGAAUACAUGUCGAAAAUCCUGACAGUUGUGCUGACGUAUCCUAUGCUCAGGACCCUUAGCCUCCAGUUCCACUCCUCCCUCACUGGGAGCUACGUCUCUGGUACUUACUCCAUCGUUUUUGUCAACUGUCCCAAUGAGCAAAUUGCCAAAGACAUUGCCAGGGCCAUCCUGGAUAAGAAGAUGGCUGCCUCUGUGAACAUCUUGCCUAAGAAUUCUUUACUGUACUUUUGGAAGGGAGAAAUAGAAGAAGCCACUGAGAUCUUGUUGCUAGUAAAGACAAAGACUUCCAUGGUCUCCAGGCUGUUCACCUAUAUGAGGUUGGCUCAUCCUUUUGAAAUUCCAGAGGUCUUCAGUGUCCCCAUGGACCAGGCUGAUGCUCGCUAUGUACAGUGGCUUGAGAAGGCCAUGAAGAAAAACUAAAUAGAGAAACUUACCGUGCAGGCCGCUGGCUGGCUCUGGCCUUUCUUGACCCUGCUCUGGGAAAAAGCAGGGCUCCUCCUGCUUCCCGUAGACUGGUCCCAACAGCACAGAGGCACCGGCUGACCUGUGCAGGCUGAAUGAAGGGCUGAGACUUUCCAGGCUGGAACUGAGGGCCGAGCAGGCAUGCAAGAACCAACAAGAACAUGGUGCUAAGUGCUGUGUUUGAAGGUGGUCAGAGGGUGUGAGGGUGAGGAUGAGGGACUGAAGGGAGGCAGCAUUGAGGGUGAGGUUUGUCAUCUUCAGGCACGGGGCCUACCAUAAGUGCCUCUGCUUCUCAUGGGGGCGGAUGACCUUGCUCACCUAGAUGUAUGUGAGAUAAAUUUCUUCUGAAAAAAAAACAAAAAACAAAAAACAAAAAACAAAACCAAACCAAAACAAAACAAAAAACCCAAAAGACCAAAAAAACAAAAACCUGACAUGUGCUCUAUUCAAAAUGAUGAAUCAAAUCUUAGUGGUAGGACUUCAGGGGUCAGCAGAAUGGCUUCUCGUUGUUAAAGAGGCCUUUGUGGCUCUUGAAUCUUGCAGGGGUGAAGCUGGGAAGGGGCUCCUUGGACCUGUGCGGAUGAGGGGGAAUAUUAGGGCUUCAAUACAACCUCAUGCAUUGAGAAUAA